AUGAAGUACACCAGCGGAGACGCCGCAUCAGUCAAGGACCCAGAGUUCUUGGCUAUCAAAAAGGCCAUCAUCGCAGAAUACGGCGCCGAAACCCUCCGCAAGAGCUGGAUCAAGGUGUGCAAGCAGCUCGAGGCCAUCACCGAUGAGAUUGCAGACAAGGGAAAUACAAUCAUUCCUACGUUUGAGACCUCCCAAGUCCUCGAUGAUGGCUUCACGGCUGUUCAUGAGCAGGAAAUCAAGCGAAUUGGCGCUUUUGUCUGCCGGGGCACCGUUCCAGCAACUGAGACGACAUCCCUUUACAGCGACUUGAAGCAAUACGUUGCAGACAACAAAGACUCCAUCCAGGCUUGGCCGGCAGAAAGCCCAUCGAUGCUUAUCCUAUACAACUCUCCUACUCAGAAUGCCCUACGUUCGCACCCGAACCACCUCAAGCUCCAGCGCAAGCUAAACGAACUAUGGCACGACUCGACCAACGAGACAUCCCCAGACCCUCUUGUGUACCUUGACGGCGUUCGUGACCGCGCUCCGGGACAACCAUUUCUUGGCUUGGGCCCUCAUAUAGAUGCCGGGAGUCUCUGCCGCUGGGCGGACCCGACCUAUCGCAAAGUCUAUGACAGCAUCUUCUCCGGUAAACCAGACAACCACGACCCAUAUGACCUUGGCGUACGUAAAAACGCAGACCAAGAGCUCUACAAGGGCAUGGCACACUCGACCGUCAUACGCACGUUUCAGGGAUGGACGGCUCUUACGCCCACAGCCCCGAGAGAGGGUACUAUCAUGGUGUACCCUAACAUCAAGACUACCAUUGCGUACGUGCUACUACGACCGUUCUUCACUCCGCCCCAAGAUCUGGCGUACAUCAUGGACGCCGAGAAGUGGACGCCGAACGAUUCGACUGGCUGGUUUCCUGGAACAACAAAGCCUGACAGUCAGCGACUUAGCCGGGCGUCGCAUCCUCAUCUUAGACUGGAGGAAUGUAUGGUGUACAUGCCCCAAAUAAACCCAGGCGAUACCGUAUGGUGGCAUUGCGAUAUGUGUCAUGCCGUAGAUACCGAGCACCUAGGUCAAAACAACGCACCGGUCGCAUUCAUUGCCGCAUGCCCUACGACCCCUGUGAACGAAUUAUACGUCAAGAGGCAACUGGCCGCUAUUUUGGGAGGACGCCCGGCUCCAGACUAUGCGGAGGGUAAUGAUGAUCUAGAUGAAACUGCAAUGAAAGGAUACGUUGGCCUGGGAGGACUCGGAGAUGAGGCACGUCGAGCAUUUGGCUUUCGCCUUCUGGGCACAGCGUAA